GCUCCCGGGUCACAGAGGCUCUGGGCCCCUGGCCAGCCUCUGCCUGGAAAUUCCUUCUGGGAACGUCUUGUGGUGAGUACUACGGGCCUUAUUCCAGGCCCUAUGGCCUGUAGAACCUCACCACUGGGGGGAAGGCUGGGCCGGACAGAGUCAUCACCUGUGGCACCAGCCCCAUGGAUGAGGUGGAAUGGAUACACAGACAUCCCAAGGCUGAGGACCUAAGGAUUGGGCUCAUCAGCUGGGCAGGAACCUACCUCACCUUUGAGGCAUACAAGAAUACGGUCACUGCUACUGCAAAGAGUUUGGGCAGGAGACAGACCUGUGAGCUCCUGGUGAGCAAUGAGCAUGAGACACAGGCCGUGGUACGACUAAAGAGCUUGCAGGGCUUCUAUCUGCUGUGUGAGGGGGAUGGCACUGUGUGUUAUGGCCGGCCAAGGAACAGCCACCAUGGAUGCUUCCUACUCCAUUUCCACCGUAACAGCAAGUGGACCCUGCAGUGCUUAAUCUCUGGUCGUUAUCUGGAGUCCAACGGUGAGGAUGUGUUCUGCAACUCCAGGGUCCUCUCAGCUUACCACAUGUGGACACCCCGGCCAGCCCUGCAUGUCCAUGUGAUCCUCUAUAGCCCCAUCCACCGCUGCUACGCCCGGACUGACCCUACCGUGGGCCGCAUCUGGGUGGAUGCAGUAGUCCCCUGCCUGGAGGAAUGCGGAUUCCUAUUGCAUUUCCGAGAUGGAUGCUACCACCUGGAGACCUCGACACACCACUUCUUGUCACACGUAGACCGGCUGGUCUCCCAACCCUCAUCACAGACAGCUUUUCACAUGCAAGUGCGGCCUGGAGGGCUCGUGGCACUGUGCGAUGGAGAAGGAGGCAUGUUGUAUGCACAGGGCACACAUCUGCUCCUGGGCCUCGGCUCUAAUCCUGUGAGGGGUGAGGAGUGGUUCGUCCUACAGCACUGCCCCACCUGGGUCACCCUCAGGACAAAGACUCGGAGGUUCAUCUCAGUCACCUACGAUGCUGAGGUACAUGCCACCUCUGAGCACUUAACCCCGAUGUCCUUGUUCCAGUUUGAAUGUGACAGUGAGAGCCCCACCUUGCAGCUUCGUACAGCCACUGGCUACUACCUAGCCCAGAGGCGCCACAAGAUAGUGAUGGCUGACGGGCACCCCCUGGAGACUGACACCUUCUUCCAUGUGCAGUGGAACUGUGGCAGGAUCAUCCUGCAGUCCCUCAGUGGGCGCUUCCUGGGCGUUGCAGCCAAUGGUCUGCUGAUGGCCGGUGCCUCCCUUCCAGGCCCCAAUGAGGAAUUUGGGAUUCGAUUAGCCAACCGCAGCUUCCUCGCACUGCGGGGUCGGUAUGGGUACGUGGGCUCCUCGUCAGAACAUGACCUCAUACAGUGCAAUAUGGAGCAGCCCGACUGCAUUCACUUACUGCCCUGCCGCCAGGGAAUCUACCACUUCCAGGGGUGGAUCCUUCUGGUCAAUAACAUCCUUUGGCACCUUUCGCCCAUGGGGCAAGUUUGCCCUCAACUUCUGUAUAGAGCUCCAGGGGAGCAACUUGCUCACCGUGCUGGCACCCAAUGGCUUCUACAUGCGAGCGGACCGCAGUGGAACCCUAUUGGCAGACAGCGAAGACAUUACCAAAGAGUGUAUCUGGGAAUUUUAGGUCAAUGGGAGGCCAUCUACCAAAAUCCAAAUCCUCCAGGAAAGACUACUGCACCAAACAGAGCAGGAACCCCAGAGUCAAGAUCCAAGAGAAGAAUAUCUGUUACAUUUUUCCUACCCAGUUUAGCAAAACACCUGCUUCAAAGAACAAUACAUCACAACAGGCCACCCCCAAGAUCCUGGUGUGCAUCUGACUCAGUAUAGAGCAGGGGUCUGGAUGUGAGUGGAGA